AUGGAGCAGGCUCUAGAACGAGCUUUGGAUCGUGCGGAGUAUAUCAUUGCAAGUGCCCGACAGAGACCUCCGGAAAGGAAAUACCCAUCUAAUGGGGAGAAGUCUCUCUAUGAAAAACUUUAUGACAUUUAUGUUGAAGAAUGUGAAAAAGAGCCUGAGGUUACGGAGGAAUUAACAAGCAACGUGAACCUGUUAGAGAAGCUUCUUAGGAGAGAGUCGUUGCCGUGUUUGGUGGUCAACCUGUACCCAGGAAAGGAGGGCUAUUCGCUGAUGCUCAAGGGGGAAAAUGGAUCAUCUUCGGAGAUCAUCCGACUGCCCUAUGAAGAAGGGGAAUUGCUCGAAUACUUGGAUGCAGAAGAAUUACCUCCUGUUUUAGUGGGUCUCCUGGAAAAGUCUCAGGUUAACGUUUUUCAUCACGGGUGUGUGAUAGCAGAAAUACGGGACUACAGGCAGUCCAGCGACAGGGAAGCUCCCCAUUACCAAAGCAGGCAUAUUCUCUUACGUCCCACGAUGCAGACUUUAGCCUGGGAUGUAGAGGCCAUAGCCAGCGAUAACCAGAAUUGGACCCAGGAGGACAAACUUUUGCUUGAGAGCCAACUGAUCUUAGCUACAGCUGAACCACUGUGUCUAGACCCUUCUGUAUCAGUAGCGUGCACUGCAAACAGACUGCUCUAUAACAAACAAAAGAUGAACACUCUUCCCAUGAAAAGGAACUUCAAGAGGUACUCUAUGGCCUCUCUGAAUCGGCAGCAGGAGCUGUCUCGUCCACCUUCUCCUGAGCUAAGAGCCCUGACUUCCUGCAAAAGAAUAAGAGAAAGUAAAACAGGUGGGAAUUACGGCCUCAAAACUUUUAAAGCAGGAAGUUGUGUAGAUAUGUGGAAACAGAGACGCUGUGACUUGGCUGUACCUUCUGAAGUGGACAUGGAGAAAUAUGCUAAAGGGAAGAAGUCUGUCGGACGUGAUGACUCACAACCAACAGUCUGGCCAGUGCAUGAGGUACAAGGUGAUCUUGCAUUUGGAGAUGACGCUGGCUACCAGUCCCAGGCAACAAGGCUGACCGUCAGGCAGCUGACUGAUAAUUCACUUGCCUCUGGAAAAGGGUCCGGUACAGAAGCCACGUGGGAGAGACAGCUGUCUCCCCCCCACUCCUUCGCAGAUGACCAUCCCUACAGUUUCCCGCCCGGGGCAGAGUCUGAUGCUGGGAGAGUGGUCAGUCGGCCCGAGGAGUCGGUCCAGGAGAGCACCCAGUGUCCAGUGCAGAUGUCACACAGCUCCAGUGGCUCAGCCGGUCUCAGGCAACCUUCUCCAGGGAAAGAACCAGAACAGCCUAAGACUGGGUGGGUUCAGUCUUCAGUGCCCGACAGCGGAGCCACACAUCCACCUCCACCCAUGCGACUUCCUUGGCACUCAGGAAGGAGCUCCUGGGGUGAGAGUCUCACUUCACAGCAGGCAGGCAGCUCUCAGGCACGUGCAUCUCCUGGCCCUGCUCCUAAGCCACCAGCUCUUUCCCAGAAAUCCUCUGUGGAGCAGAGCCCAGUUAGCACGCUUCCUGCCACCGCCCUGUCCACUGCGGGCUCAUCACAGACGACCUCGGUCUCCCGGGUCACGGUCAUCUCCGUUGGCCUGAAGGUCAUCAGAGAAGUGGGCCCCAGACGUGGAGGCCAGGCCUCGGGGAGAGGCUGUGCCACCAGAGCCCCAGCUCCCAGGGGAAUCCAGCCGGGCCACCUGCCCGCAGGAGCUCUUCCGCCGCCGCCGCCGCCGCCGCAGCCUCCUCCUCCUCCAGAGAAAAACGCUUCGGAUCUCAGACCCUUUCCUGUGGUGCAGCUGCCCCGCGGUUCGCUCCUGUGCAGCAGCCAGCAGCCGGCCCCGCAGCCGCGCCUCCCCCAGCUGCUUCCCCUGCAGUGGCCCUGCGCCCCGCCUCCUCGGCUGCCGGCGUCCCAAGGACUGGGGGCACGGGGUCCGAGGGCACAGGGUCCGGAGGCACAGGUUCCGGGGGUACAGGAUCCGGGGGCACAGGUUCCGGGGGCACAGGGUCCGGAGGCACAGGUUCCGGGGGCACAGGGUCUGGGGGCACAGGUUCCGGGGGCACAGGGUCCGGAGGCACAGGUUCCGGGGGCACAGGGUCCGGGGGUACAGGAUCCGGGGGCACAGGCUUCAGGUUCACAGGGCGCCGCCGUUCCCAACACGGUCGUGCGUGCCGAGGAAGCCGUGGUUGUUCACCUCGGUGCAGAGGACGGCUUCCAGCCGCCCCAGGUGCUCGUGUUGUCCCCGCCGGGCUCUGGCCUGAGCAGCCCCGGGCUGAGCCCCCCGCAGCAGACGGGUUGGGCCUGGGCGGCCCCGCGGCCGCAGUUGCAGUUCAGCGUGCACGUGCGCCGCCGCGCCGCCGCGCCUUGCCCUCGGGGCCCGCAGCCCAGCAGCCAGGCCGCGGGGACCGCGGAUAGAGGCCCGCCAGCCGUUCCCAAGCCCUGA